UAGAAACGUGAAGAAAAAAAAGGAAAUGUAGUCGUAGUUGACCGUGAGCAAAUCACUAUUUUUCCUUUAUUUCCGGAGUUUUCUGCAAUACUGUCAUUUCUCAGUUUAAUUUAAAAAAACUAGGUAAAAAACUAGGAAUCUUCACAGGCUUUCCUUUGGGAAUCAUCCUCAACCCUUCAAUGAGGAGUCAGGAAUGACUUCCAUUUUGCAGGUGACAAAACUGAGGCUCAGCGAAGGUGACAUGCCCAUUCAAAUCGCGAGCAAGGAGCGGCGCAGGGACUCGAACCCACACUUUUCCUGCUUCCAAGAGACCCGGAGCGACCUGCUGAACAGAAGACCCAAAAAGCCAAGCGCUAAGAGAGCCUUUCUUGAACGCUGCGCGGGGUAGAAAACUGGCCCUCCGCUGGCCCCGCCCCCCGAAGCCCCGCCCAGAACAUGCAGCUGGCCGAGGAGGUUUCCAUGGUGACGGGAAACAAGGCCCAGACAAGAGGGCCAAUUCUGGGCUACUACCCCCCGCGGCCGCCAUGAUUCCCCCCGCAGACUCGCUGCUCAAAUACGACACCCCGGUGUUGGUGAGCCGGAACACAGAGAAACGGAGCCCCAAAGCUCGGCCACUAAAAGUCAGCCCCCAGCAGCCUGGACCUUCGGGUCCAGUCCCACAGCCACCAAAGACCAAGGUUCCUUCAACUUCCUGUGUCCCAGACCCUACAAAGCAGGCAGAAGAAAUCUUGAAUGCCAUCCUGCCCCCAAGGGAGUGGGUGGAAGACACUCAGCUAUGGAUCCAGCAAGUGUCCAGCACCCCCAGCACCAGGAUGGAUGUGGUGCAUCUCCAGGAGCAGCUGGACCUGAAGCUGCAACAGCGGCAGGCCCGGGAGACAGGCAUCUGCCCUGUCCGCAGGGAGCUCUACUCACAGUGCUUUGAUGAGCUGAUCCGCGAGGUCACCAUUAACUGUGCUGAGCGGGGACUGCUGCUGCUGCGAGUCAGGGACGAGAUCCGCAUGACCAUUGCUGCCUACCAGACCUUGUACGAGAGCAGCGUGGCGUUCGGCAUGAGGAAGGCGCUGCAGGCUGAGCAGGGGAAGUCAGACAUGGAGAGGAAAAUUGCAGAAUUAGAAACUGAAAAGAGAGAUUUGGAGAGGCAAGUGAACGAGCAGAAGGCAAAAUGUGAGGCCAUCGAGAAGCGGGAGAAUGAGAGGCGACAGGUGGAGGAGAAGAAGCACAAUGAGGAGAUUCAAUUCCUAAAGCGGACGAAUCAGCAGCUGAAGGCCCAACUGGAAGGCAUUAUUGCUCCAAAGAAGUGAUAAUUUCCAUAUGGGUCUCACCAUCAUAAGCCUUUUGUAAUAAAAAGCUGGUUUCAUGAGUGAACAAGCCAUACCC